AUGUCCGCCAACGAGGUGACUCGCGCCAACGCUGAGUCUACUCCGCUUACUCGUGCAUCGAUACUCGCCGCCCACGAAGCGAUCGUGCACCAGAUCCACCGGACGCCGGUCUUCACGUCCUCGUCCCUCUCCGCCCUGCUCCCGGGAAAGAACACGCUGUACUUCAAAGCGGAGAACCUGCAGAAGGGCGGCGCGUUCAAGUUCCGGGGCGCCAGCUACAGCCUGUCACGGCUAACUGCGCAGGAGCUCGAGCGCGGCGUCUGCACGCAUAGCUCGGGCAACCACGCCGGAGCCCUCGCGCUCGCCGCCAAGGAGCGCGGCGCGAAAUGCUAUGUAGUCAUGCCAAAUAACUCCGCCCAGCCCAAGAUAGAUGCGGUGCGCUCCUACGGGGCCUCGAUUACGUUCUGCGAACCGAACGCGCCAGCACGGGCGGCGGCGCUGGCAACUGUGCAGGCCGAGACCGGGGCUACGUUCGUGCCUCCGUACGACGCGGUGAACACCAUCCUUGGACAGGGCACCGCCCUACUCGAACUUGUUGAGCAGGCCCCGGAGCCCCUCGCUGCGGUCAUCGCGCCCGUGGGCGGCGGCGGGUUGCUAGCGGGGACGGCGCUCGCUGCUGAAGGGACGGGCGUACGCGUAUUCGGGGCGGAACCAGCGGGUGCGGACGACUGCGCACAGGGCCUGAAGGAGGGCAAGCGUCGGGAGGAUGUCCAGGCGGACACCAUCGCGGAUGGGCUGAGGACGCCCGUUGGGCUCAUCAACUUCCCGAUAAUCCAGGAAAAGGUCGACAAGGUCAUCACAGUCACGGACGAGGAAAUCGUGGAGGCGAUGCGGCUCAUGUGGGAGCGGCUGAAGCUGGUCGUCGAACCCAGCGGCGCGGCCGCGUUUGCCGCUGUUCGCAGUGCUCAGUUCCAGGAGUUGGGCGUGCAGGGCGCCGUUGGCAUCAUCAUCAGCGGUGGCAACAUCGACCUGUCUAAGCCUUUGCCAUGGGUACGGUCAGAAUAGGCGGCAGCCUGUGUCAAAAUUGGUAAAUGUACAACAGAGCGGAUCUAUGCGUCAAUCGGUUAAA